AGUAGCGUUCGCCGCCGCUGCAGGACGUUGAUGGUGGAAGCGACGGGCGAGCGUUGAACUGAGAUGAUUGUCCUGCGAGACUUAUAGUUCAGGGUGAAGCCCAUGCCUGCGCCAGCAAAUCAUGGCUUCUCCUGGCCGUUUGUCCUCAAGAGCACGUUCCCAUCUCUUGGAUGACCUUGACUUCCAACCAGUUCGAGAGAUGAGGGCACGUGUAUUAAAUGAUGUUCCUCACAUCCCAACUGUUCCGUCCCCCAGAGUGAAAUUUAAUUUUGUUGAUGUGUCGUUUCCUAAACAACCUGAGUGUUCGGGCAUACCCGAAGCCGUUCCAGGUAAUGUAGAAAGAAUGGCGUGCGAGUCGAGAAGAAGAAAAAAUUAUGAGAGUGAUAGAAAAGAAAAUAGAGAUUUGACAAGAGACAGAGAGAGGUAUGACAAAGAAAAUAAAUGUUCAAAUAUCAUUCAGAGACAUGAAGAUCGGCAUGAGUUUAUGACACAGCUUCUGAAGAAGGGUGUCCCAGUAUGGGAGGAAGUUUCUGAAGAGGAAAGGAGAAUGAAGAUUAUUGGUGGAACAAAUCCAUUUAAGCAUCUGCCUCGCCAAACUAUCCCCAACCCUCCGAACAUCACUCUUCGGAAUUCAAAUAAGAAUCAAAAGUCGAGCAAAGUACCAACAGCUGUGUGGGAAGAUGUUCCGCAUGGAUCCAUGAAUUCCUAUCCUCUCCGUCCAGACGAAAACUUAGAUUCAUCUUUAGAUAGCGUUAGAAGUAAAGAUGAAAGACUUCAUGAUCAUGAAGAUUUAGUUAGUGAAGUACCCAAGAGCUCUUCUAGGCAGGGCCUUGGGAAAAAGCACCAGUCACAAGUCCAACAAUCAAUAAAGCAAGAUAAGACACAAGUACAAAAUUCAGUUCUCCAAACUCAUAUACAAGACUCACACUCAAAUCAGCCUAUUACCUCACCAGUGCCAUACAAGACUAAGAAUGAUUACUUUCCUGGCCACAGCUCAAGCUCGGAACACUCGCCAGAACGAUGCUCAAGUCAGCAAAAUGAUGCAUGUAUUACAGAAAUAAACCAGACACACGUGCAAGAAACUCAUUUUGAUGAACAUGAUUCUCAGUCGGUUUCAGAAAAGACUGGUUAUACCCCUACUGAAGAGCCUGGUAAGGCUGUAAACAUAGUACCAGGUGAAGAAAGGCAUUCAAGGCCUGUGAUGAAGAGAAUACAUGGUGGACGAAUUGAAGAUAAUGGCGUUACAGAAUAUAUUAGCUGGUGGCCAGGAGAUGAACCUAUGAGAGAGAGGGGUAUGAAAGGGGAAGAGGAGAAACAUGAGAGGGAACCCACUAAAGAAUCUAGGAGCAAGAGAGACUUGUCUGCACCAUCGUCCUCUACUGCACAACCCCCUAAAAGGCAACACAAAUUAAUAAACAGUGAAGAAGUAGAGUUGGAAAAGCCUGCUAAAACUCCUCCACGUGUAAGAAAAUAUGAACAAGCUGAAGUUAGGAAAUACAUGGAGGCAAAACGUUCAGAGCGAUUUAAAAGCCGCAAGGAAGAAAAGCAACAACAGGAGCUAGAAAAGAUGAAGAGAGAAGAAAGACUCAAGGAGCUUGCAGUCAAGACAAAGCAGUUGGCACCAUGCAGGAAAAUUGAAAAUCUCGCAACAACAGCUGCUGGAGACAACAAUAGUGGCCAGAUUCAGUCCAAUAUAAAAGAUCCUGUCAAUUGGGGUUGCUCUGAUAGCUCUGAACAUGAGAUUAGUCCAGAGAUACAGUUUACUUCAAUGGGUGUGCAGUUUGAUUACCAGGCAGCCACUGUUAUUUCUCAAAAAACUGAAGAUGCUCGCCAAGUAAGUGAAGUAAACCCAGAAUUGUGUAAAGAGGACUCUAGAAGUAAAUCUACUCGCAAGUCACCUGAGAAGGGCAGUGAAGUGAGAGGAGAUUCUCCAAGGAAAAGAAAAGGAAAAGACACUAAAAAAAAACAUAAAAGAAAGCCUAUCAGCGACAGUGACAGUAUCAGUGACAUAGUGAGUCGUACUGUAGAAGAGUGUGAGAAACAAGUUAAAUCUUCCAGGGUAUCUUUAGAAAGUCUUUCUUCACUAUCUGCAUCUGUCAGCUCCUCCGAUUGCGAGUCAAAAGAUAGCAAAUCGUCGGUCAUAUCUAGUAUUGACUUGACACCUAAGCAGCGAGUCGUUUCACUGGACCGGAUGGCUCAAAGACUUACUAGCAGAAUUACAGAAGAGGAGAAUAAUCUUAGGCAUUGCCUAUUAAAUGAAAGAGGAAAACCAGUUAUUAAUGCAGAGUCAUCAGUAAUGUCAAAAAUUCCUGAGAGAAGGGGUGAGCCUUCAAGACCUGCAGCAGGACCUGGUACGAUAAAAGAUCAGAUCAGCAGAGCGAGUGCUUUAAAAGUACCUUUGUCAUAUUCUGAAAUUGAAGCUCUGUCUGUAGAAGAACUUAUUGCCAAAAUGACUGCAAUGCUCCCAAAUACAUCAGGAACUCAAGGAGAAUCGUAUGCAAAUGCUACGAACCAAGGUAAUCCUCAAAACCAGAAGAACCAAGAGGGAUUAAUAAAUAAAAUUAAUAUUCCUGAAGAAAAUAAGAAAGGAAGAUUACCCCAAAAUCAAAAUCAGGUUUCAAGAGAGAAACCCCAGCUGAUAUUAAAAGAAAUUCCCAAACUAGUUCCUCCAGAUACUCCAGUUUUGCAGUUGUCCGGUGGUGGCACUAUUAUAAUUGGAACUGAUAUACCAAUUAGUUAUCCAAAAGCAGAGAACUUAUCACCUCUUCCUGGAUAUAAUACUCAACAAAUAAAUAGUUAUGUUAAAGGUAAAAUUAGAAAAGAGAAUCGAGGAUAUACAAAUAAAAUGCCAGUGCAGAAGAAACAGCAUGUUUAUGCUCCCUCCCCUUUUCACUUUCAGAAACAUAACACACAAAGCUAUUCCAAUAUUCCAGGGGUCACAGAUUCGAUUGCUUUUGUGCAUAAAAAGAAAAUGGAAAAAGCAGCCUUAGUUAUCCAAGCUGCUUAUAAGGGACAUCGUGUUAGACGGAUCACAAAUUCACUACUUAAAAAACAGGAUCAUAUAUCACUGAACAAAAGGGACAAAGUUCAGCAUGCAAAACAAGUGCAAGGCAAUACAGUGAGUAAUACUGGAUUUACACAUGUAAAUUUUCUUAAGCAUGAUUAUAUUAGUAGACCACUUAAUGAUGUUGACUUGGAUGAUACUUCAUCAAAUGAAGAAAUAAAUGCAAAUGUUGAUUGGCAGAAAAUUAGAGCAGAGCUUGAAAGCAGAACCUUCAAGCCAAAAGGGGGUUGUCAGUAUACCUUCCAAAGGCCAGAUUUGCCCGAGUGGGUCAAGCCAUAUUUUGUCCUGAGUGAGACUGGGGACAUUGAAGGCUUCAUUGGGAGUAGGGGGAAGGAGCUUGGAAUUCAACAUUGGAUUACUGCAAAUGAGAAGAACAGAGAUGCUCCACAUGGUGUCCAUAUAGAGAAACAGAGUGCAGUGAGCAGCAACAGUGAUAAAAAGAACCUGUCUAUGAGAAAAUCUCACCGUGAUGUUACUCUAACUGAGGGGCUAUUAUCUGAGCUGGAUGAUUCUCAUGUUAGUGUUCAUGAAAAGGAGACCCAGACAGGCUACAUCAAUGAGAGAACUCGGUUGAAGAGCAUAAAUGAAGCAGAAGGCGCAAAUACUCCUAAACAAUGUUUUAUAAGUGAAGGUGAACAGGAGUUUGUUGAUUUGCGAAAAACCUUCGCUGGAAAUAAAUUAUUGGUAAUGCAAACACCAGAUAAUAUGGGCACUAAAGUAAACAUAGGAAUGAGGGAUAGCAAUUUAUCCUUAAGGAAAAAUCACAAAACUGAGACAGAGUAUGCAUCACCUAGUUGGUCAUCACAGGAAGAUGGUACAGGAUCCGAGACAUUAGAAGAAGGACCAUUGCAGGAAAUGUUGGGGGAGAGUUCCAGUGAAAUUUCAGGAAAUCACACUGUUGAAGUUAAUAGUUCAAAUUUAGCAUCCUCUGAAGAUGGGCUUAAAAUUGAAUCAUCAGGCAAGUUACAAUCCUCAAAUAUGAGUGAUUCUGUAGAUAUUGAAGAAGUUUCAGCACCACAUCAGUUACUUGGGCCAGGCCUGCACUUUGCACCAGCAAGUCUUAGACUUAGGGUAAAUGCAGAACUUAUGUACCAAGACACACUAGGAGAAGCUCUGAAUCAGUUAAAUAAUGUAGAACAAUUGAAUAUUAUAGCUAAUAGUCGACAAGAGGCUCUGGCUUUGUCUCGGUGUUUAACUCUCCAACAGGAAGAGUCAAAAUCUCAACAGAAAAAUCAAGAAGAUAAGAAAAAAGAAGAGAUUAAAAGAAAGGAAAAAACCAGAAAAGAAGAGAAAAGAUGGAAAGAAGAACAAGAAGAAAUAAUGAAAGAAGAAUUUAGGAAACAGAAGGAAGCAUUACAGAAUGUGGAGAGAAUGGAAAGGGAAGCCAGAGAUCGUUUUGCUCAGUUAGAGAAAGACGUGCGUGCAAGGGCAGAGCAAGUCUUUUCUAAUGCUGCUCAAAGAGCUCCACUGGCAAGUAACAGUCAACCAGAUGUUAUUGCAGCAGCCGCAGUUGCUGCCGUUGGUGCAACAAUAUCGCAGUGGGAAUUGCUUAAACCAGUGCAAAGAUCUGGUAAUGCUGGUUUAGAAUUUCAAAAUUCAGUGAUUCUAAAUAAUGGGUCCUCUGCACCUUCAUUUUCAGGUUUCCAAGAAUAUUCUACAUCCUUCACAGGGACAUCGAACAACCAGUCUCGAUCAAAAGGCUCUCAAGACCAGAAGUCUGCGUUUAGUGAGGCAGGUUCGUUAAAUAAUAAGAAAAAAUUAUCCUCUUUAGUUCAUCCAGCUGCUAAGAUCUCUGUUGAAGAUCAUUGUAAAUCAGAAGCAGAGUCUAGUAAUGACUCUUUGUCUGAAUGUAUUGUAUCAGAAAAUUUGAGUAAUUCCUCAACAAAGCAUAAAAGUACAAUAAGUUCUCAUACAUCAGUCAAGGAAGCUCUUUCUUGUACUAAGUCUUUUUCCAAUAAAUCUGAAUCGGAUGUCACGAGUGAUUACACUGAGGCAGGUGAUAGGGUGUCUGUGACAUCUGUGCCAGAGGAAGUCAGCAGCCGAUCAUCAAGAAGUAGAACGGUGUCACAUGGUAAAAGUACUAACAUGUUAAGAUCUGGCAUGGGUAAGAAUAUCCCAGAAUCUGUUUCAGUGAAAGAAGAUAUCUUAGCAUCAAAAAGUGCCUCUUUAGUAGUGAGUGAUGGUGCUGUAGUUUCAGCUUAUGCUAAUGCCUCAGCUGACACUAUUAACAGUGAAGCAAUAUCGGCAUCAGAAGUAGGAGAGAUUGUCCAAACACACAACUCAUCUGUCCCAUCAAUUAGUUUAAAGCAAGUUUCUUCAGCUCAGGGUAGCUCUGUUCUGGAAGACGUAAGUGAAUCUCAACCAAAAGAAAUUUUAAGUUCUGAAAAAAGUAGCACGCGUGCUUCAUCUACAAGUGCAAAAACAUCAUCCAAGCCACAUAAAUUGUUCAAAGGCAAUGAUGAUGAUGGAGUGUCUGAUGCAUACUCGGAAUCAUUUGAAAUGGAAUCUGCAAGUGAUGGCUCGAGCACAUCAGUGGCUUCCCAGUUACGAGGACGGAAUCAGCGAGACAAGGGAGACCUCUUGCUUGUGCCAUCUAGUAAUAUCUUAAAUCAGCUAGGUUACAGAGCUGGUCCUCAGGCUGGAAGUGGAGCGGUAGGAUCAAUUACAGAUGGUGGGGGUGAAAGUGCUCUGGGCAAUACACUGAAUCUGGUGGAGUCUUUACAGAAAGAGGAAGAGGUUCGCCAUAAGCAUCAGAAGGCUCUUCUAAAGUUGCAGGAACAAUCACUGAUUGAAGAGGCAAAAUGGAAGCUAGCAGCAUUACAGUCAGAGGGUGGUAUAAGCAUGCGCAAACGACAGCGGGCAGUUCUGCUGCAAUUGCGUGAACAGAGGACACAUUUGAGACGCCUGAUUGAGACACAAAACAUUGCAGCACAACAAAGACGACUAAUGUUGCUCCAGCACCAUCAUUUGCUUGCAACCACAACUAGUUUGUCAUCAGCUGGGGGCAGAGGUCUUUUAGCUAUUUCUAGAGGUCACUCGCCUGGUCCAGGCUCUCCACGAUUGACCCCAAGGUUGUUGGAAGUAGGUGCGUCUUCAUCAAGUGAUGCCCAAGAGGAUAUAUCAUUUAAUCUCUUACUAAAGGGAAGAGAGAAUGGUUCAAGCAGUCCAUCAGAGGGAGGAGGCUGGGAGAAGCGAAGGUCUCAUUCUGAAGAGAGAAAAAGAAUUGCCUCUAUCAGAAUGCAAGAAAAGAGACGUGCAGCUGAAGUAGAAGUCUUGCAGCAGCAAUUGCUGCAUGAAGAGAGGGAGAUUUUGAGACUAAAAAAUAAGUCUCCCUAUGAAAGCCAUGAAAAGGAUUCUAAUAAAUCAAAGAGAAAGGGAGAUUUCAUUACCAUCAGAUCACGAGACAAACGAGAUAAAAGUCCUACAGCAAUUUCACCUUUAUCGGUCCUUGUACAAAGUAGAAGAGCAUCGACAGAAACGUCUGACCCAGAAGAAAGCAUUGAUGCCUCAACUAAAGAUAGUCAAAGUUCAAUACCCGAAGGUGGGAACGAAUCCAUAUCUCACAGUGAUAUAACAUCAUCUAUAUCGGAGCAUGAACACUCAACUUGUAGAAGCCACCAAAUUAUUACCUCAGUACCUAUAGAGAUUACCGAUUCAAAAAAAUCAUCAAUUGAAGAAAUAGCAAGUGAAAGACAAUUAAACACUGUUCAGAGUUCUAUAGCAGGAUCUUCGUCAAGUAAUGGCAAAGGAAAAGGUUCAGUGAAAUUACUAAAGGCCCAUGCAGACAAAGACUCUAAAAUUACUGACAACAGUAUCUCUAUAAAAACUGUUCCUUCAGAUGAAACUAUUUCAACAUUAGAUAAAGAAAGUAGCAUUAAAACAAUAACAGGUGAGCAAGCCUCAAAAUCUUGUUCUCAUCAAUUGGAUUCAAGUGAGAAAUUUUCACACACUCCAGUUUUGAAAUCUUGUUCUGCCAGGUCAGAGAUACUAACACGGGUUAGAUCUGAUUCAAUUGUUUCAGAGGAACUCGUUGGAGAUUUAAAAUCUCGAACUUCUGGCUCCUCGAGAUCUGGCAGUGAGCAUGCAUCUGGGACUGCAGCAAGAUCUAGCAGUGCAAAAUCAUGCGAGACAAGAUCAUCUACUCAAAAGAGUUCUUCAAAUAGUGCUUUACCGCUCCCUCUUAGGGUUCCCUUGUCACCACGGUCUCCCCAUAGACAGCAUAGAAGAUAUUCUAGUGAAUCUGAUGACUCCUUUACUCUAUCACAAACAGAAACUGCUUCAGAUAUUUCUGAUGGGGAGGGUAAGCUAAUAGCUCUUAGAGAGCAGCUAGCAGCAAGACGAGCUGAGGCAGACAAACUUAAAAAAGAAAAACGAAGAUUACGACGGGAACGUCUGGCAUCCCAAGAACAUGCUCUCAGACAGCAAAUCUCUACCUAUGAUGCUUAUAUUCAGCAAGCUAGAAUGGAGCUUGAGAAGGAGUCAAAGGAAUUUCAGCAGGCAUCUUCAGUAAGACCUGUCAUUAAAAAGCCACAAGUUGCCGAAACUAAAAAAUCAAAACUUUCGGAAUCGAUUCUGUCAAAUCUAGAUAAAUUGGAUGUUUCUGACGUCUCCCUGGUCUCUGAGGAGUUUAAGUCUGAUCAUUCAUGUUCCUCUAAAUCUGGAGAGAUUAAAUCUAAUGAGUCUCUUUUACCCAAAUCACAUGAGAUUGAAUUAGUGCUGGAAUCGCAACUGCAUCAACCUGUAAGUAUAUUAAAUAAUGAGUCGAAGAGUGUUUCUUCAGUUAAAAUCAAUGAAUUAAAGUGUGAAGAAGAACUCCCAUCUGUAGCAGAGUCCUCUAAAGAAAGUAGCAGUGCACCACAAGAUGAGGAGGCACCUUCAAAGACACCUGAGGAAUCCUCUAUCUCAGAAGAGUAUAGCUUUGAAGAUGAGACCAUUUCGGAGCAUUCACUUGAAGUCUCCUCAAAAAAGACAUUUUCUCGGGAUUCUAGUCUUGAUACAGAUCACACCGCAUCACAAGCUUCAAGUACUGAGACAAUUGUUCAUAGCCCAAAGAAAGUUGAUUUGUCGCAGAAAGAUGGGGAUGAAACUUCCUCGGCAGAAAUAGGACCGUCACUGCCAUUGAGUGAUAUAACUGAAGAUAAGGAAGGUGUAGCAAAUGAUGUUAAAUUAAAUGAAGUCAAGGAGACCAGGGACAAUAACUUGGCAGUGACUCAUACAGAGGGUGAAAAAAAGUUAGACAUCUUUAUUCCUACACCAGAUACAAAUUCUCGAGAAGUAGAUGAGUCUACAGAACAAAGCAAAGAUACAAGUGUAGAAGAAAGCAUUGGGGAAGAAAUUGCAGAGGAUAUAAUUGAAGAAGUUACAAGUGAAAAAAAUAGUGAAAAGUUGGUAGGAAUAAGCAGCUCCUCCCAUCAUUCCUCAGAUCAGAGUAAACACAAUAAAGAUGAUUCCAGUCAGUCCUUGUCCAUUUCAGGAAAUAAGGAAACUUCUGCAGGAUCUGAGGAUUCUCCUACUGCUAAUGAUAAGAUGCCAUAUUUUCUGCAGGAGCCCAACUUUACUGAGCACUUAGAAAAGGAAGAAAACAACAGGCUUCAGCUGUUAGAUAAACAGCGACUUGUAGAUGAUAUCUCCAAUAACAUAUUUUCAUCCAUGAUGAAGGACACUGCUCUACUUUUUACAGAGAUAAUAAAAGGCAGGAACAGCAGUGACCAACAAUCCCAGUCUGUUGAUGAUUUCAUUCCUUUGUCAACUCCCCAGUCAGUUUUAAAUCAAAUUUAUGUAGGUGAUGAACAAGUCGAUGCUAGUGAAACUAAAAAAUUGCACCAAGAAGUCGAGGAGUCACGCACAUCACACAAAGGUCCAGAAUCAUUGAAAGAGGAUGAUUACCAAGAGAUUUCAGAAGAGCUUCAUGAUACUUCUAAAUCCAGCAGGAGCGAGAGCAGCAACACACACAGCUCUACCGUGCAGUGUGUGAAUGAGCCAAUUGCUGAUGAUGGAUUAUCUUCAUGUUUGCCUUCCCCUGGCUCUCCUCAACCAAUGGAACUCAAGUUGACCCCUCAGUUGACCUUUGAUUCUAGUCCAAACACACACUCGCCUACUUCUCCUACUCCAACAUCACCUCUGAGAGAGUCAAAGAACACUGAGAUGGAGCCCGUCUCAGAGACAGCUUCUCCACCUGAUGCUGCUAGAACGGAUGAUGCCAGUAUCUCAACUGCUGCUGGAAAGAAUGAUGACUUUGUCCUGGUUACUGCUGGAAUUGAUGAUGCCACUAUCCCAGCUGCUGCUGGAAUGGAUGAUGCCACCACCAUUCUGGCUGCUACUGGAAUGGAUGAUGCCACCAUCCCAGAUGCUGUCACUUCUUCUGGUGCUGCUGCUGUUCCUUCGCAAGUAACAAAGGAAGAUAGUGAGGACCAGCCUGUGUCCCCAAGUCACGAUGUCGCUAAGGCUGAUGCCUAUAGCCUUGACAUGAUGGCUCUAACAAACAAGUUGCUGAACCUUUCCUCGGCUGACCUGGAUGCUAAACUGGACCAGCUGGGAGCCGACGACACAGAGUUCACUGUAGAGGGCAUUGAAGGCGAUUGGUUUGACGACGACUUCUGGACAUCUACAGACAACAGGAAGAAGCAGCAGCAGUUGAAGGCUGAGGAAGAGAGAAUUGCUGCAGAGAUUGCCCGAUUAGAGGAACUACAGCAGCUUCAAGAGCAGUACCCGGGAUUGGUGAUACGUGAAGUACCUAAUAAGCCGCCGCCUCCAUAUACACCACCACUGUCAUCGUCAUCGCCAUCGUCGUCGUCAUCAUCAUCAUCAUCUUCGUCGUCAGUUUCCUCCUCACCAGCUAGACCUCCUGCUUAUAGUAGUCCACCAAGUGACCGUGUUGCUCCCAGCUUACAGCCACUUAGUCCUGAAAAUACCACUGGUGUUGUACAUCGUUUGAGUAAAGCAGAUCAACGGAAUCGUGCAACAGAGGUCUUCCACUCUGUACCAUAUAAACAAGAAGAGGUGAUACCUAUUAUCAGCGACUUUCUUGAAUGUCUCUAUGUCACAUGGGAAAGUGGCUUUGAUCCUGGUGAUGCAGAGGUGCCUCGAGCAGUUAUGUCUUCAUUAUCUGACAGUCAAGAUGAAGACAGUCUUGAAGAUGAAGCCAGUGGCAGAAUUUUCCGCCAAUUGUUGUUUUCAUUGGUCCGUGAGCUACUUUCUAAAGCCUAUCAAGUUGAGCAUGCCCCAGUGCCUCCACCAUGGCUGAAGCAAGCCUUGCCCCCUACCCGGGUGCUGUUUGUAGUACGCACCAAGUCAAGGGAAGUCAUGUACUCGCAUGUUCAGGAGCAAAUUAAAGUUUUGUUUGGAUGGAAGCGAUCCCCGGAGAAGGAAACACUGCUGGUUCGUUGGGCUCGGAAACAUAGAGACCUUGUAGACCAGGUGCUGGUGAAAGAGCUUCAGGCAGAGGAAUCUAGCUGGACGCAGUAUGAUGAGGAUGAAGCUGCUGUCAAGACUCAAGUUGCCUGUGAAAUUUUUGAUAGUCUUAUUGAAGAAACUGUUACCCUAGUCACGAGCAUAUUGGCUAGAAAAAUGACAUGUGCAGCACACUAGGAAGAGGAAGAUUUGCCAUGUAUUUUAUGAGUGUGAGUUAAAACUAAUUUCACAAAAGUUGAUUUUCUUGUCAAAAAGCUUGUUUUGCCAAUUUGUUAAUUCUAGUAAUUUUAAAAUAUGAUUUUUUGGCAUAAUAUAUUAAUAAUACUCAUGCAUUUGUAAAAUAAUGUGUAAUGUAUAUAUUUUUCUUUAUGUGCUGUUGUACUUAGCCUGGUAAAAAGUAAGCAGUUGCAAUGAAGAAUAUAUUUUUGUAAAUAAUUGCCAAUUUUUAAAUUAUUUUCUUAGGGACUACAAACUUUCCAGCCAUUUGACGUCUGUGAUAUUUCAGGUGUGUCAAGUAUUGUGUGAUAAUAUACGUUAAGGACUCACUGUGCUAAGUUAACUUUUGUAUUAUGUAAGAUUGUUUAUACGAAGAAAUGACUCGGGAUUUUUUUCUCGGCAAUUCUUGUAGAAUCAUGAAAUUUUGUUUAUUUGGUUUCAUGUUUUGUCAUGAGCCUCUGUUAUCAGGAUUAUUUAUUUAUUUACUUUGUUUGUAGAUUACAUGAAACGUUUUAGAUAAAUAAACUUAACUAUUCCAUUUGGAUGAUUCCUAAGGCACGAUCACUGGAGAUUCCCUUGGACAAGAUAGUGACAGUACAGACUGGGUGAAUUUCUGCAGCAGCAUAACAGGGAUGUAUCAAACAUCUCUGUUGGGCUUUGCUGGAGUGAGCUUUUCUCCUAGUUCAUCCUUGAGUGAUCCUAGAAAGUAUACUCAAAUAUUCAGUCUUUCCCAUCCUUGCUUUGGAUUACAAGGACUGCUAACAGCAGCUUGUCUACAUGGCUGCUACUCCUAACUACCAUAAGAUACCACCACCAAUGGCAAUGAUAAAUUUUUAAGCAGAGUCCCUCCUCAUUCUCCCCCACUAGUGUUUGUGACUGGCUCUGGACUGGAUGUGGACACGUGCCUUGAUUUUACUGGGUAGUUGGCUUCUGCUGUAUAUUUUCCAAGACAUGUUAUUUAGAUAUUUUUUUGUGUACUGGAGACUUCUCCUUGGGGGUCACUUGAUUAUCUUUGUAUAUAGAGGAAUUGUUUCUCACUCAGGUCUGGCCUUGGCAGCGUUCUUUGUGGUUGUAUUUAUUAUUCAGCCACAAGCUACCCUUGUUUCAUUUCUAGUAAUUUUGCUAUCUGAUACCAUUUGCCAUGAUGAAUGUGUGUGUGAAUGGGCAAACUAUUAAUGGAGGAUGCUGGCAGGCACGAUGCCUUAUGUAGUAUUUUGAUUCCCAGUGACCACUCUAGUAUUUAGUCUUACAGUUGAGUUUGAGGUCAGUGCUGUAUUGCUCCAGGCUGUUUGUAACUUUUGAUAUAGUUUGAAUCUUGGCUGGCCUUCUUGUUCAUGGUUGUCAAUUGUCAGGCUUGUGUGCCUGAUGAUUCGUAUGCAUCAGGCUUCGGUUGGCCCACACUCAAAAUUGAUCUGAAACCACUGGUGCAAUGGCAGACAGUUCUUAGCUUCUAGAAAGGGAUCAUAGGAUCUCUUAAUUUUAGAAACUAAUUUUGUCCUGGUUUGAGAACUCGAGUCGAAUCCUUUUGUAGGAAGAGUUCUGUUCAAACCUCGCUUUCAAACACUUUGGCUGGCAAGCAAUAAUUUUCCAUACAUCCUCCACUUGCUGUGUAUAAGUCUCACUAUUUUCUUAAUGAACUUCUGAGUGUAAUACCUUGGUAAGUAGGUUUUUGAUUAAAGUUGGAAAGCUCUUUUUCCGAGUAUAGUACACUGAUGUUCCCAUUUCUUUCCCUUAAGAGUCCCCAAUUUCCUUGUGCAUAGAGCUCUUUUUCAUUAUUUAUUUUGUGGUGGUGCUCAAGGUCGGUGUUUGGGUGCUGACAUGAAUGCUGCCAUCUGGUGUGAGUUGGUGGUAGCAGUCAGGUUGAGAAUGUUUUGUUUUCUACCUACUUGGCAGGCUUUUUGAUGCCAAAUAGGAGAGGGAAAGGAUUUGAGUGAGCAUUUUAUGGUCACUGGACUUGAGGUUUUCUCUGGUUCCUCCCUAGCGACAGAAUAACCUUGUGGUACAUAUGAAAAGAUCCAUGUUAGACUGGUGCAGAUUGUCACACUGUCCUAAUUGUCAUGAUUCUGUCCAAUGUGACCUACAGUGUUCUUGCCUUGGGGAGCAUCCAGUCAUCUUGCUCAGAAGUCGACUUUUCAUUUUCACUCAGUGCCUGAUUUUCUGCAUAAUUUGAACUGUUCAUACAAGAAACAAUGAUAUUUUGUUUACAGCAAAAUAUGGUGUUUACUAUAUAGUAUUUUAAUAAUGCUAUAUAGAAAAGCAUUGCAUAAUUGUUUUAUAUUUUUAAUCAACCUUAAAAUUUUAAUGUACAUAUAUUAUUUAAAUUUUUUUAUUGAAUAAAAGACUUGAUCCUG